AUGCCUUUACAUGGCGCUGCUGAUGUUUGCAUUGGCAAUGAUAUCAAGGGACGCUUUGGUAUUCAUUUAGUAGGUCUACCCAUGUCGUGGGAAAAAUCUGCUUUGCCGCAAGCACCAUCUCCCAUUGUUAAUGAUGCUGAGCCUAAUAAUGACCCUGCAGGCUCACAAGAUGAACACAAUGCUUUUAUGUCAAAGAUUCAGCCUCUCUUACAGGCCAACGCGGAUAUCCCAAUCACCUCUUUUUGUACUCUCAAGGAAUCAAUUGUACAUCUCAGAACCCCACCUGGCACCACUGCAUAUCGUCCUCAGUACCCAAUUCCCAUUGCACUUCGCCCAGUCUUACAAAAACAGAUUGAGAAGUGGACCAAUGAAGGCGUUAUCAAACGUGCUCCUAUAGACUCAUCGUGGAAUAGUCCCAUCACUUUUGCUCCCAAAAAAGAUGCACAGGGUAAAUUCACCAAGUUUCGCCCUUGUCUAGAUCCACGCCACAUCAAUCGCUUAAUCCCUGAUGAACGAUCCGGUCUUCCAAAGAUCAGUGAAAUUUUUCAGAAGAUGCAAGGUGCUUCGGUGUAUACCACACUCGAUCUCACUAAUGCAUUCCAUCGCUUCAAGGUACAUGACAAGGAUCAACACAAGCUCAGCUUCACGUUCAAUGACAUCAAGUAUUGUUUUGUUGGCUGUCCUUUCGGCCUCAAGCAUAUCAGUGAACGUUACAAUGCUGUACUCAAACGCUUGUUGCAUGGUCUUCCUUAUGUUGCCUCCUUUGUUGACGACAUCGUCAUCUUUUCCAAUUCUCUCGAGGAACACGCUCAACAUGUUCAAACCGUUAUCCACAAACUUACGAGUGUCAAUCUCAUCCUCAAUCCUGAGAAAUGCCAUUUUGCUCAACGCUGUGUCUAUCUUCUCGGCUAUUGUGUCAGUGCUGAAGGUCGUGCUCUGGAUCCACGUAAAGUAACCAAUGUUGCUAAGUGGCCUACUCCUAAAACGGGUAAAGACAUCCAACGCUUCCUUGGUGCUGCCAACUUCUUUGGUGAACACAUCCCGUGUUAUUCCAACCUCUCUCAUCCUCUCAACCAGUUGCGCAAUGCUGGUGAUCUUCAAGACCUUUGGACAAGCGAACAUGAUCAAGCUUUCGAAAACAUCAAGGCCGCUAUGCAAGAAGCUCCCGUUCUUAGCCCACCCGAUUUGCGUUAUCCUUUUUGUGUUGCCACCGAUGCAUCCAAGAAUGGUAUCGGUGCUGUGCUUUAUCAAGUCAUCAACGAUCGAUAUCACUACAUCGGUUUCAUGGCUCGUUCUCUCACCAAGUCGGAGCGUAACUAUUCUACCACCAAGCGUGAGUUAUUGGCCAUCGUAUACGCCCUACGCAAGUAUCAUCAAUUUCUUUGGGGCAAGCACUUCAAGCUAUACACUGACCAUAAGGCUCUCGUUUACCUCCAUACACAACCAAUCGCGAACCCCAUGAUGGUACAAUGGCUUGACGUCAUUUGCGAUUACGACUUCGUUGUUGCUCAUUUGCCUGGAGUAUUGAACGUGCUGCCUGACUCAUUAUCGCGCUUAUUCCCACCGGAAGAAGAGCUGGAGGGGGGUGAUACUGGCACCACGUCUUCAAAAAACAAAGACUCAGCCACAAGCCUUCCACAUGACUCUUUGCAUGGAUCAUCUACACCUGUUGCUAGGUUACACCGCCACUAG